AAGAAGAAAAAGUUAAGAUUUAGGACCAAAAAAAAGUGUUCUUACUGUUUCUUGUUUGCUAAAUAGAUCUGAUUACCAGUUUCUGUUAAGAAUCUUGAUUAGUGGGGUGUGGUGAAUGUAAAAAGAAUGCUUUUUUAUUACUAGUUGAUUCUCUUAGGCAAUGGAAAAUGGUCUGUUGAAGCUUAUGAUAGGACUAUUACUGAUUCUAAAGAGAGGUGAUGAAUUAGUUUAACAAUGAAAGGCACUGUAGUUUUUGAGGGGUUGGUGGUUAACUUUUACUGCAUUCAGUAUAGCCGUUUCGAUGGAGGAAAUGUAUACGGUUGCAGUGCCAUUUAUAUUUAGUAGUUUGAUCUGUGACAAUGCAAGUAUAGGAAGUGAUAUGGAUGUUACUAGAUUAAAGUCGAUGGACGAUACAACAAUCUUGUAUUCUAAUUCUGUGACAAAAGCGUUGGUGGACCCCGUUUCUGGGGGCAAUGAUGAUUGCAGCUCUGCUGAUUCAGAGAGCGAUUUUAGUAUUACGGUAUCAUCAUCUGUGCUUGAAGAGAGCAAAAGUGAAGGGACUAUGUCGCUUGAUGAUGAUUCCUUCUCAUUGGAGGGUGAUCAGAUUCUUGAUAGUUCGUGUUCCUUGUCAGUAGUGAGCGACUGUAGUAGUAUAUGCGCUGAUGACUUUGUAGGCUUUGAGAUAGCGUCCGACAUAGAAGGUCAAGAUUUAGUCGAUUCUCAGAAAAGUAUUAGCAAUGUUGAACUUAUUGCGAAGACUGAAGUUUCGGUUGAGUCAGAUAUUGAGGAAAAUGUGAUUAGACCCGUGGCACUUUCUGUCAGCCGCAGUGUUUUUGAUGUGGACUACGUGCCUCUAUGGGGACAUACGUCUAUAUGUGGAAGGAGACCGGAAAUGGAAGAUGCGUUUGCAACUGUUCCAAAAUUCUUGAAAAUUCCUCUACAGAUGCUAAUUGGUGAUCGUGUGUUUGAUGGACUGUCUAGACGCUUAAGUCAUUUGACGACUCAUUUCUUUGGAGUUUAUGAUGGCCAUGGUGGUUCUCAGGUGGCGAAUUACUGCCGAGACCGGGUUCAUGCUGCAUUGGCUGAGGAAUUGGAAACUUUUAUGAUGAAUCUCAGUGAUGAAAGUAUUAAGCAAAGUUGCCCAGAGCAUUGGAAUAGAGCAUUUACGAACUGUUUUCUUAAAGUUGAUGCUGAGAUUGGAGGGGGGUCUACUCAUGAGCCUGUUGCCCCAGAAACUGUAGGGUCCACAGCCGUUGUUGCCACUGUUUGUUCAUCUCACAUUAUAGUGGCAAACUGUGGUGAUUCAAGGGCUGUUCUGUGUCGUGGGAAGGAACCAAUGGCAUUGUCGGUGGAUCACAAACCAAACCGAGAAGAUGAAUAUGAAAGGAUUGAAGCAGCUGGUGGUAAGGUGAUACAGUGGAAUGGCCAUCGUGUUUUCGGUGUUCUUGCAAUGUCUAGGUCUAUCGGAGAUAAAUACUUGAAGCCCUGGAUAAUUCCUGAUCCAGAAGUAACGUUCAUACCUCGAACCAAGGAUGACGAAUGCCUUAUUCUUGCUAGUGACGGUUUAUGGGAUGUCAUGACAAAUGAAGAAGUUUGUGAUAUGGCUCGUAAACGCAUACUUAUGUGGCAUAAAAAGUACGGUGUAACGCUCCCCGUGGAAAGGGGCGAAGGAAUUGAUCCAGCAGCACAAGCAGCAGCAGAAUGCUUGUCGAAUCGAGCUCUUCAGAAGGGCAGCAAGGACAACAUAACAGUGAUUGUGGUGGACUUGAAAGCUCAAAGAAAGUUCAAAAGCAAAACCUGAACAUAACUAGCCUCAUUAUCUGAUGUUUCAAAAAUGCCCUUAAUGUAUUAUAAAUGGUUAAAAAAUGCCCUCCUUCCACCAAUUGGAUAAAAAAUACCCUUAAACGUAUUAUUGAUCCAUUUGUAAUACGUUAAGGGCAAAAUUGAUCCAAUAGGUAGACAGUUUUUAGCCAUUUCUAAUACGUUAAGGGCAUUUUUGACCUUUUUCUGUUUAUAGAUUUGCAGUAUAAACUAAAUAUGUGGCUCAAAAUGUUGUCAAGCCCUUACAUUUUUUACCUGGUAAUCUGGGAUAAUGGCUCUUUAUUGGAGUAGGUUCUGUAUGUAGUUUAGCACAUGCUCCAUUCUGUAUGUAAUUUUCUUCAUGUAGCUAUUUGAAGUAGCAACAACUACAUUAUAAUCAAAUGUAAUGGUCAUUAUGCCUCAA